UGCGGUGCGUGAGAUGAAGCCGUGUGGCAAUCGGUCUGUCCCCAAGGUCGAGACUUGGGGUCUGCGGAUCGCCACUCAUACGACGCAGCAACAUUGAGCUGAACGUACGCGAUGAAGAUUCUAGUGUGUUUUUUAAGCGCUUGCGCAUUUGCGCAAGCUCAAUUCGGCAGUUUUAACAGUGGACGGAGUUCAAAUGCUUUCGGAAAUUCGCCCUUCCAGGCACAGUCAAGCGCUUUUGGAAACUUCGGAAACACACGCACCCAAACUCAGCCCAGCUCGUUUAGCAGUUUUGGAGGUCAAAGCCAGUCGGCCUUUGGUCGCCAAUCUGGGUUUCAACAAACCACCGCAAGCCCUCGGAGCAGUCAAUUCCAGCAGCAGCCAGCCAGAACUAGUGCUGGCUCCUGCAGGGAGUUGAAUGAACGCUAUCCUGUGUCUGGGAGCUGUGAUCGAUACAUUGAGUGCAUAAACGGAACGGCCGAAGAAAAGACCUGCCCAGACGGUUUGCUGUUCAAUGCUAACGUGCUCUUCACAACUUAUCCUUGUCAAUACCCCAAUGAGGUUCAAUGCCUAGAACGUUCAGCUUUGCAGCCUGCUCAACCGACGGAGGACUGUCCCCAUCAGUUUGGAUACUUCAAGUUGGGUGAUGCGAGGAACUGCAGUGGUUUCAGGAACUGUGUGAAUGGUGUAGGCUAUGACUUCAUGUGCCCCGAGGGACUGGCCUUCAGCUCGGAGAGCUACCGCUGCGAAUGGCCUGAUGAAGUCGCCGAUUGUGACGCCGAAGCUUUCCUUGGCUUCCGCUGCCCUGAAGUGGCAAUAUCUAAAGAACUUGGCCCACCUGCUGGCUACAGAUACUACAGGUCCGACACGAACUGUCAGAAAUAUUUCAUUUGCAUCGAAGGCCGUCCUCGCGCGCUGAGCUGCGGCGGCGAAUCCGGCUUCGACGAGCUCACCUCCACCUGUGUCUCGGCCGACGAGGUGGCAGCUUGUCCCCAGGACCUCCGCGCCGCCGCCGCGAGAGCCAGGGAAGACGAGAACCAACGACUCGCCAAAGAAAUAUCUUUCAAUGCACGCCCGCUACAACAAAAAAGACGAUUCUAAUACACAAAAAAUCAAUCAAAGAAGAUUUUAAGUAUUUAAGGCCUUAUUAAUUAAAACUACCGAUAAAAAUAUUGUGUAACGGAAAUAAAACAUAAUAUUUUUAUGGAUAUCUUCGUUACACAGUAACAUUAAUUAUAGGUAACAAAUUUCUAUGCAGGGGGGGUCACCUCUCUCUGCAGCUGAAUCCAAAUAUUUACACGACGAAUUUAAACGUUACCUACUAAGAGAACUUAGUCGUUUAUAUUAAGUACAGUCAGCAGCAGAAGUUGCCAAGCGGGCGAGGUGUUCAAAAUUGCCUUGACACGCUCUUAUUCCCUUAACAAUAAAGUCGCGUCAAAAUCAUUUUGAACACCUGGCCCGCUUACCAAAUUCUGCUGCAGACUGUACAUAUAUUUUGACAAUAGGGUGCAUAUAGAUAUGUUAGACCUUGAUGACUGUAAUGUAAGUCAAUCAAGGGCCUGACACUCUUUGAUAGAGAAAGAUAGUCUUAUUGCGAUUCCUAUAAGAGGAAAGAGAAAAUAGUGCCAUAUGCUUUGUCCUUAUCACCGACCGGGGUUUUUUUCAUGGUCGGGUUAUGGCAGCAUAGGUAGGAGGCGAUGGCGAAAUACCGAAAUUUAUAAGAGUGAAAGAGAAAAAGGUUUAUGCUGCCAUACAUUAACCUGUCAAUACAUGAAUAUAUCUUUCUCUUACCCCUGGUCGCUCGGUUUCAUGUCUAUAACUACUAUACUAUGUCUAUGAAGUCAAUAUUAUAAUUAUAAUUUACUUUCAGCUAGUCCUUCUCAGUCAUUUGAGUUACCUACCUAUGUCAGUUUGUGCAUAUAACACAAUGUAUAUAAUUUUACAGUCAUUUAAAUAAACACAGUGAUAUACCCACAGUCUGAGCACAAGAUCCGAGGGAUUAUACUCGCAAGGCCAGGCAUUGUACUUAUUCUAGAUGUUCGGCGCCGGGCAACCUCAUUCAUUAGUUAUGAUUCA